GUCCAAUGAUGCAGCCCCAGGCGACGCCGUUCGUGGGCGCUAGUCAUGCUUCAGUUGCCCCACCGAUGCAAGCAGCCCCAGCGCCAUUCAGCGGUGGCCAAUCUGGUUCACCCACUAUGCGGCCGCCUGCACCUCCGUUCUUGGGAGCUACUCAGAGCGUACCCCCGUUGAUGCAGGCACCUCCAGCACCAUUUAUGGGUAGCAGCCAACCUAUGCCACCUCCCAUGCAACAGCCUCCUCCGCCAUUUGUAGGUGGUAGUCAAGAUGCCUCCGCCACCACCACCCACGUCCUUACCGUACGGCUCCCAACCAUGGCCGAGUCAGCUCGCUCAGACUCCACAAGUUUUACUGAUGAGACACCUUGCGACUAUUACUGCAAUUUAGGACCCGAUGGUAGGCGUCGGGAUGCUGAUGAAAGGCCUGAAUUGUGCCGGGGAACCGUUGAAUUUGUUGCCUCAAAGGAAUACAUGGUUCGUGAUCCAAUGCCUGCUGUUUUUUUCUUCCUUGUGGAUGUCUCCAUGAAUGCCAUUCAAAGUGGGGCAACUGCAGCAGCUUGCAGUGCAGUGUCUCAAAGCAUUAAUGACCUUCCUGAUAGUCCUCGGACCAUGGUUGGUUUUGCAACAUAUGAUUCAACCGUUCCACUCCCAGUCUCUCUCCUCUCCCUCUACCUCUCGCCACCAUCUCUCUCGACUCUCCGACCUUCUUCCUUUCUUCUCUUCUCCAUUUAUCAUUUCCGCGCUCUCCUUUUCGUUCCUUUCCCGAAGCCGUGCAGCGGGCGCCACCAGCUCCAGCGACGAGGUCACCGACCUUCUCAGCCGGGUGAAUAGCGGGUUCUGGCCUUCCUCUUAGUUUACCCAAAUACGAGUCAUCUCAUGAGUUCCAGACCAAGAAGAAAAGACAACAGCAAAGGCAGCACGAAGAAACAACCAAGAGGCAAAAAUUACAGCAUCCUCAGCAGCAUCAACGUUUGCCGCCAAUUCAGCAGCCAGGGCAACCGCAUAUGCAAAUCCGGCCUGGCCCUAACCAAUGCCCCACCUCAAGGUGUUGCUGGGCCAAGUCACCACUACAAUAUGCCUCGGGGACCUCCAAGAGGACAGAACAGGUAUCCUCAACGCGGAAACCCAAGUGGUGGAUACAAUCCAAAUAGUGGUGGUCAAGCUGGUGGAUAUGCUACUGGACCUUAUCCACCUCAAGGCCGAGGUCCUGGUUAUGCUAGAACCAGUAUGCCUGGAGGUGGCCCUCCUAGAGCUGGAGCUGGUGCCUAUGGCGUUGGGGCUCCAAAUUAUCCCCAAUUAGGUCCAUAUGGCAAUUCAGGUACUGGUCGGGUGCCCAACAUGAUGGGUGGUAAUCGGAAUCCACAAUAUGGUUGGCCUCAGUAGUCAGGAAGCAAACUGAAGCAUGAUCUGUUCAAUAUAUUUGCGCACUUGACUGGUGAUCCUACAUUCUGAAGAGAAGGGCUCUGCCAAGGACUUCCGCUUUCACCUCAAGUGGGUCGAUGGGAAUUGGUUUAAUACACCAGAGGUAUUCCUACAAACCAGUGUUGGAUAUUUAAGAAUAUCCCUUGACAUGGAUUUAAUUCACGCACUUGUUUUCAGUUUUAUAUGGAGAAAGAGGAGAUGGUUAGGUAUUUCAUUACUACGUUGCUCCUUUGUCCUGCAGACAGAAAUAGGGAAACAAGAAUGUGUGAUUUUCUCUUUGUUGUUUAUCAUAGCUUCACUGGCGAUGAUGAACUUGUCGGUAUAUGGAUGGGUUAUGUGGGUUUUGUCUUGUGUCUAGAAUCUUCGUAGUAGCUAUGCAGUCCAAUUUCAUGAUAUUCCUGGUUUACUUUUUGUAAGUUCAAAUAUCGUGCCAUAGUCAUAAUUACUCACCAUUACAGUUUCUUUUAUUGUAUCUACAUGCCUCGGGGCACGUAAUAUUUUUUUUUUUUUGAGUUGAAUUGCAUGCUCCAAGUACAAUUGUUGGUAGUUGGUACACUUCUAUGAAAGUUUGGGAUUUGAACUUAAUAUCUAGUGAACACAGUCAAUCCUGUUUCAUUUUUGUAUAGGAAUGGUUGGGUUGUUUGUAUGGUGUAGCGGUUCUGAAGUUCUUUCACCAGCCGCUUCUCCCCAAUAUGCCACUUUGCAAUCCCUUCACGUCAAAGGCUGAAAUGACUUGAACAUGAGAAUGCCUCUUUGCUAGCAUACAGGAAGAUCAGUGAAUUAGUGGACCUGGGGAGCCCUUUAGAAGGGCGAACUGAUCUUGGACUGUCACUAAUUCUUCUUUUUUUUUUUAAAAAAAAAAAUCUCAGGUUUGGUGCUUUUCUGUUCAUUCGUCUGCAAUUAACCCUGGAUGUGCUUUGUGCUCCAAAUUACCAAGCCGGGCGCCCCUUGUGCGAAGGGGAGAUGGCCCAAGGUUCUGGAGAACAUUGAACUUUUAUUUGUACGAUAGUUUUUGAAGUAGACUAGGAAUUGUAGCUGUUGUCUUGUGUUUUUGAUAGAAUUUUCACCAAAUUAAAAAUCGUUUUUAAAUAUAAAAACGACCUUCAAAAUUUUUUGUUUUUCUGUUUUUUUUUUGUAUCUAAAACUUCUUUGGCAUAUGUAAAUUGGCCACCAGUUUUCAGUUGGACCAAUUAGGUUGGAUUUGCAACAUUAUUUAGUGUUCUUCAUUUUUUUUAGAAUUUUGGAUCUUUAGUUAUUAACCUCACACGACAUUGGUGGAAAGGUUUGCUUUUUCGUUUUCAUUUUUUUUUUGAGUGAAAUUUUAUAUCUUAUAGUAGGUAAGGGUUGAACUUAGUAAACAUAGGUUCACUUCUUCGUUUUUAGGACAUGUUUUUCUUCCUAUAAACUGUUUUAUUUUUUUUGCUUGAAUUCUUGAUUUGUUUAGCAUAAGGUGCAAUGGAGGAGUGAUUAGAUAGGCGGGGAUAGAGUAGAAUAGAUGAUUUGUAUUUGAUUUUUGAAUUCGAUAGUUUGAUUUUUGAAUUGGAUAAUUUGAUCUUCCCUACUUCUAUAGGAGAGCAUAUGAAGUUCUUCUUCUACCCAACAAAUCAGUCUGGUUUCAUAAAAACUACUCUUUUGGUAGAAGAGAGUUCCUACUUCCAGGUGAUAUGUCAUUUGAUGUCAAGUAGUUUUUUGAAAGAGAAAUUUUUUUAUUGUGCCUAGAAACAUUUUAAAAGUGUCUUAUCAUGCAAUGAUAUGCCUUCGUUUUGUUCUUACUACCUGCUCAAGUAAAAUGAAACUUUCAAGUUUUUUUUGUUGUCAAUCAUUAGAAGAGGAAAUCUGGAAAAAUCCUAUGAAGCUGAGAAAGUCAAGACUAGGAGAUGGUAUUGGCUCUAGUGAUCAAGUGUAUGUAAGAGUUUAGCAGAAAAAUAUCUUAAGAGAAAAGCCAUAAUUCCUUAUAAAAUAUUGGCAGGUAACAAAAUAAGAGUUGAGAGAUGGGCUCGAGGCUUCUGGGUUAAUAAUCAAGAGUACCAGGUAGGCAUAUAGGUGAUUUAUGUCUAUGCCACGAAGAUAAUGACUUAUGAACUUUUGGCAUGUUGAAAACCCGCAAGGUGAAACGGGUUGAUAUGUGACAAAACUACACCUGACCACCAAUGCGGUGGAGCUUCGUAGUAGCCUUUGGGGUGGUGAGGUAUUCCCUCAAAGGUGAAGGUCGGCCUGAAAAAGAAAAUCAAAAGCAAGAAAAAAUGAAAAGGCAAAAAGCCAAAUGCAGAAAAAAAGGAAGAAAAAGAAGCAAAACCAAGAAAAACAAAAAAUGUGCCUGUCAAGAGAUAAAUGGCAUGAAGGCUGAACUCGAAGGAAUUGAAAUGCGACAAUCUUUCAUGGAUGUGCGAUCCUUGGGUCAAUAUCUGCUCUUCUUUUUGAUUUCCUAAGACGUUGAGGAUGAUUACUUUAUGAUCAUUUUUUGGAAAUUUAAAGGCUUUCCUUCUAGACAUUCAACAACAUUGAUGCGAAAUGAAUCCCGAUGCUUGUACGGUAUUGAGGGUAAAUGAAAGGCAUAUCAUUUGCACAACACGAGCACUUUCUACUUGUGAUUUAAAUUGAUGAUUUAUAAACUAUUUAAAAGUAAACACUUGACAUCUCUUGUAAUGUUUCCUGACUUCAUGGGCAUAUGAGGAACUCCUAGCCCCUCUCUGUUUUUGAAAAAUGUUGUCCUUUUUUUAUACCAAGCCGCUAGUCCAUUCAUAGAAUAGAUGAAACCCCUCAAACAUAUUCCACUCAUGCUGAGUGUAAUGAAUUUUCCAUCUUCCCCUUUCCAUGUUCCCAUCACAAUUUGUUUUAUUGUGAAGGCUGGACAGUAUUUUUGUUGAUUUCUCUUUUAAGGUUUGCUUAGGAAAGGGUUUGAAAGAGUCGUUAGCUUUUAAAUUUUUUAUCAUUAUUAUUAUUAUUAUUAUUAUUAUUAUUUUUUACAUUGUCAGUGUCUUCUGAUUCAUGCAGCUGAUGUCGAAGUUUAAAGCCCAACUCAUCAGUGUUCUUGUGGAUGUACAGUGGUUUUGGAAAAGCCGAUUCAAGUUGCACGAGAGUUUGAUCUUGUACUUCAAAAUCAAGUUUUUAUUUGAGUUCCCAAUAAAGUUGUGGCAUCCAAUUUGAUUUGAGUGAGUUUACAUAAAUUUUUGGCUGAAACAGAAACUGACUAAUGCUGGUUGCAAAAAUUCGCACAAAGACAGGCAAAUCCUGUCAUUGUUUGUUUGUGUUUUUUGUUUGUUAACUUGUCAUAAUUGAUAGGAAGCCAAGUGUUAUGCAUGUACAUUGCCUGAGAGCUCGAAACCACACCCUCUACGUCGGAAAUCUCCUACAAUUGCAGAGAUUGCUGCAGAAUUCUAUUCCAAAACUGUGGAUGUUUGGGUGACUUUAACAUUUGAUGAAUGAUUUGUUUUGCUUGCCAAGACUUAUCCCUUGGGUUUAGUUUAUUUUAUUGUAGGGAAUCUGAUCUGACCCAGUGGUUGCAAAGUUGAUGUCGAAAAUAGAGAAUUUUUGCUAGAGAAAUUUACAUAUAUGUGCAGAAAUUAGAUUGCUUGCAGAAACCAAACAAGUUUCAAUUGGUCUAUCUUUUACCUAAAUUGAGUUAGGAUUUUGGGUGUGAUAUGACAGCUUAAGUCAGAGUCGUGUAGGCCUUUUUCACGGUCUUUCAAAUUUGCUUAUAUUUAGGUCCAGUUAAUUUAGAGAACAUAGAUUUCAAGUAAGAAUUUUGGUUAUUUUCUGUUUCAUGUAUAUCGUUUUAAAGUGUUUAUUAGUUGAGCUUAGAGUUCUUGCUCGUGAGUGGGUCUAAGCUCUAGGUUUAUGCCCUUGUUUUUCUUUGUUCUCAUUUUUUUUCAAGUUCGUCAUUGCAGCCGCAGGCACUUCUGGAUAAAUAUAAGGGCAGAUGCAUUCAGUGGAGGAGUUGGAGCACAAGUCAAAGAUCUAAAUUGACACAGGGUUGCCCUUUCAAGCAACCACACUUUAGGAAUUGUUUAUUUUUCAACUUCUGUAAUUAAACUAGUAGCAUCACUCUUGAAGAACCUUUUGACUUGUUUCUAUAUGAGGUAGUAAAUGUGCAUUUUUUGGUCUAACUUAAUAUCCGUUUGUUCCCUGUGUUCGAUCUGUACUUCUCACUUAUUAGACUCUUAGUUUCCUCAAACUGCACAAAACUGCUAGUUCCACCAGUGAUUUUGCAGAGGUUAGGGACCGACUUUUGUAUGGUUUUUGGGUCAAAGUUGGGUACUGUUUUGUUAUGGAUAUAUGUCGAUACAUCAAUUUAGUUGAUUCUUGGUUUUACUGUUCAAUUUGAUAGAAGCUUUUCCAAGAAUUGGUUGUUUGAGACUGAAACACAGAGGGAUUGGUCUCACUCCGAAAGGACCAGGAUUAGAUCUGGACCCAUGAAGAUGACAGACACACUGUUGAAGCAAUUACCACCUGAAACCAGUUCGCCUGCUCAUCUUGUUAACAACUAACUAGUGUUUCGGCAGUAUGCUUACAACAUUACACAGAAAAUCAAAGAUACUACUUGCACACAAAAUGGUCAAGCAUAGAACUAUAUCUGCUUCCAGUUUACAACAAAAUACUUGGAUUGGAUUUUGGUGUGCUAUGCAUGAUCUACAGGUUUGGAAAGUAGAAACCAUACUGAAAUGUUGUAUAUGUUGUAAUUCACUUAUAUUCGUAUCUCAGUUGGCUAAUGCUCGACAUUUCGUUGUCAUUUUAGUACGCAGAAUGUGUAAGCAUAGUAUGUAAAAGCAAAAAACUUUUGCUGAGUUAUUGGAUGUACGUGAAGUUCAUCCAACUCUUUGUAGGCACUGGGGGCCAAAUUGGAGCUCUAUAGACAAGGUCGUUGUCAAGCUUGAAUGUUCCAAUGAAUGGACCAACAUGUAGCUACUUAACAAUGGCUUUGUCUAUUGGCCAUGCUUUUGGUCUCCCUAGAGUAUUAUGCAUGCAUUCUUUCUAAUUGGCAUGUGCUAGUUGGCAUGUGCUGUUGCAUUUAAGUUUCAGUUUUGCUGUAUUAUUUAUUAACUAUAUAUAUUCUUGAUAGGUGAUCAAUCUUGCAAAUGCUCCAUCAGUUGUUGGCAAGCAUUUAGACGAUGAGUGUCCUGAAGAUUUCAUCAAAGGCCUUAUUCUCUUUGUUUCUUCUUUUUUUCAUGUUGAGAGGAGAUUUGCAGAGCCGCUGGAUGCAAGCCCAUC